AUGCCGCAACAAAAAUUGGCCGACUCGGCCUUAACACCCCCACGGCUCGAUUCACCACCGAUCCAACCGCCGCUUGGACGUCUUCUGAAAUUUGACGAAACUCCAAGCUGGUUCGAAGGGAACCAGUUCAUUCUAACGGGCUAUCGCCAUGAGUCUCGAUCAGCCAUUCGCUGCUUGCACAGCUGGACUUAUCUCCACAACGAAUCCUGCAACAUCUACUCUCACCUGUUGCCAGCAGUGGCCUACAUUGCUCUGCACUGGUAUCUCGUCAACAUCUAUCUUCCGUCCAGAUAUAACACUCUGGCUAAAGGCGACGGACUCAUUCUCUCCCUUUUCCUUUCAACCGUCGUCUUAUGUCUGGGAGCUUCUUCACUAUACCAUACCUUCUUGAACCAUUCCGCGCCAAUAGCUAAACGAUGGCUAUUAUGUGACUACAUGGGAAUCAUCACUCUCAUACAAGGCUGCUUUAUCAGUGGAAUCUAUUUUGGAUUCUACUGCGAGCCUCACCUUCAGCGAUUAUACUGGACUAUGCUGGAUACAUCAGCUAACAACCGAGAAUUACAGAUUGUUGUCCUUGGCUCGUUGACAGCAACCAUAUUGCUGUCGUCAAAAUUCCAAGACCGAAAGUGGAGAGGAUUUCGUGUUGCCGUGUUUGUUUGCACUGGCCUCUCUGCAUUUGCGCCUAUUACUCACGCUCUAUUCCUCCACGGACUAAAGCGAAGCAUGAAUGUUGGCCUGCCUUAUUAUCUCACCGAAGGUGCCAUAAUCGCUUUCUCGGCAUUCAUAUAUGAGGUGAGAAAUUUCCAUGCUCUCCAACCUUUCCCAUUCCUAUAG